AGGACAUUCUCUCCGAAGCCCAAACGCUAGGGCUCGCUAAACCAUCGCCGAACUCCUCAAUUACUCGCCGACGCGGUUAUUUUCUAGAGGGGAGGCGACGAGGGAUCUUUGGAGGCUUCACCUCGCAGUUGCUUCAAGGAAAACAUGUCGAAGCUAAGGCUCCUCGGAAGCGCCCUCAAGCCGAGGGUUUUAACCCCAAAUCCCAUUCCAAGGUUUCCACGGAGGAGCCUCUCCACCACCGAGGGCGAACCCCAGGAUUCUUCCAACGAUCCCUUUCUCCAGCCUCCCAACGAAGGUCUGGUCUUUGGAAGGUUGUUUGGCAUUGGGAGGAAUACGCUCAAGACUGAUGUUAUUCAUUUCUUCGAAGAAUGCAAUUUGUCCACGGAUGAUGUAAAAGUUGAAUACAACAGAGAAUAUUAUCCAGUUGGGGUGUUGUUGCAAUUCCCUUCUCAGUCUUCGUUUGACAUGGCUGUGAAGCAAACUAUACGAAAGGGCCGUUUAUAUAAGAUAGAAAGGGCAGCCCGUUCCCAGUGGGACCUAAUGAGAUCAUAUGAUGGAAAAGCUGUUUUGUUGCAAGGAAUUCCUCGUAAUGCUCUUCAGGAGCAUGUGGAGCGCUUUCUGCAUGGCUGUAAUUACGAUCCUUCCACAUUCCAAACCUUUGUCAGGCCAGGGUUCCCUGAUCCUAUAAGGUUUGCACUUAUCCACUUUCCAACACAGAUUGAUGCGAUGAAUGCCUUCUGCAUGAAGAAUAGGAGUUUCUGUCUCAACAAUUCUAUCACAAUGCGAGUGCUCCAAUAAAUUAAAUCCAGCAUUAUGAUUAUUUGGUAUUGAUGGAUUUCUGGUUACAGACCAUGCAUAAGAGCGUUGAACUUUAUUUCAAGUUGCUAGGCAUUUUGGUCAGUGCCAUUCUGCCUGUUCCUGGAACUAGAUCCAAUUUUUCUGUUUCAUAGCCAAGAUGUUAUGAACUGAACCGCUCAUUUCAAUUAUGAAAUGUCCUUAAAUGCAGUUAUCCCUCAUUCUUUUUAUUUUUUUACUCACUUGAAUCACCGACUUUAUUUAUGUGCAUUGAGUCGGUCCGUCGUGCCGACUUCUAUUUCAAUACGAUAGUCAGCAAACUUGUGUAGGCCUUAUAAACUAUUAAUCUUAUAUCCAGGGGUGAGGGGGACCCAAAAGAAGGAUGGUGGAAAACUCAUUUAGGUUUUAGCUUGCAAAUUGUAAGUUUGUUAUGACUAGUGAUUUUGUUGUACAUAAUGGCUCACAACAGUAAAAUGAAGGUGUUGCAGGUAUUCUAAAAAUGAAUUUUUGUU